AUGGAGACAGAGUCUGCCGCUGAUCCACCUAGACAGAUAUCUAUGUCGCUUGAAACAGCUAUCCUUAGCCGCCAUUCGACGAGACUCUUUCUUCCCAAACCAGUUCCCAUGGAUGCUAUCGAAAUGGCCAUUCGACUAGCCAACCACGCGCCGUCCGACUCCAAUAUACAGCCUUGGAAACUGUAUAUCCUUACAGGGGCUUCGCUGAAGAAUCUCAGCGAUGCUUUGACGGCCGCCGCUACAGAACACAAGUUACCAAAAAUCCCUGUUCUGCCUGAAAAAUACACCCCGCGCCGUAUGGAAUUCGGUGGUCUUCUCUACGGCCAAGGCUGGGGUGUUGCAAGAGACGAUCAACCGAAUCGACUGAAUGCUGCCCUUCGAAAUUAUAGUUUUUUCGGAGCACCCGUCGGGCUACUUAUUUGCAUGGACAGCGAGCUUGAGGGUGAAGAGGCUUUAAGCGUUGGCUUAUUUCUCCAGAACCUGCUGCUGGCCUUUACAUCGAUGGGUUUAGGGAGCUGUGCACAGAUCAGUAUUGCUCAGUACGAAGAUGUGGUAAAACGCGAAGUAAAGAUUGGCGAUCAGUUGAAAGUUCUGUGUGGUGUUGCUGUAGGGUACGAGGACACCGAAGCAAACGAUAAUAAAAUUCGGACACCAAGAGACUCGGUAGCAGAAAAGGUAGUGUUUCUAGACUAA